CAAUAUAUAUAAUGAGAGGGAAGGAUAAUAUGAUUAAGAAGUUGGAAAUAAAUCUUUCAGAUUGUCCAAAAAAUAAAAAUGAAUAAUUAGAGAAUUAAGGUUUAGGGUUUUCAUCAAGGAAGCGCUCCCAUUUUCAUCGUCAUGGACCGGCCGGAGCCGGAAAAACCCGACGUCCUUCCUUCUACAGCUUUGGCGUAUCUUGAUCGGAACUACUGGGAUAAGAGGUUCGCUCAAGAGGAACACUACGAAUGGUUCAAAGAUUAUUCCCAUUUCCGUCACAUUGUUCUUCAACACAUUAAACCUCAAUCUUCUGUUUUGGAGCUAGGAUGUGGAAAUUCUCAGUUGUGUGAAGAAUUAUAUAGAGAUGGCAUUACUGAAUUGACCUGCAUUGAUUUGUCUCCCAUUGCAGUGGAGAAGAUGAAACAAAGAUUGAUAAACAAGGGAUACAAAGAAAUAAAAGUGCUGGAAGCUGAUAUGCUAGACCUGCCUUUUGAAGAUGGAUGUUUUGAUGUGGUUAUAGAGAAAGGAACAAUGGAUGUGUUGUUCGUGGACAGUGGUGACCCCUGGAAUCCACACCCUGCAACAGUGGAGAAGGUGAUGAAAAUGCUUCAUGAAAUUCACAGAGUUCUGAAACCUGAGGGCAUAUUUAUAUCUAUCACAUUUGGCCAGCCACACUUCAGGCGCCGGUUCUUUAGUGAUCCUGAGUUUACCUGGUCUAUUGAGUGGAACACUUUCGGAGAAACAUUCCACUAUUUCUUCUACGUCUUGAAAAAGGGACAAAGAUCAUCAGAGAGCGAGGAGUGCAGGGAGAAAACUCAUAUGCCAUCAAUAUCUCUAUACCAUGACGAAUUAGAGGGUGAGGACUUUUUAUUCAGAACCAACAUUGAUGAGAUGGAAAGCUAGAAGUGAAAUGUAAAUUGCGACUCGCUACCCAUUGCUUUGUCUUUUGUUUUAGGACUGAGAUUUUA